AUUACGGUGACGUGGCCCUCUAACCGGAAGCGAGAGGACUGGAGACCUGCGACAGCAUCACACAUCGGAAAGGCAAACUGAGUCUGCAACCAACUAAAUUACACAUCAGCGAGAAAUAACAUGGUGACGGACGUGCAGCUGGCCAUCUUCGCCAACAUGUUGGGUGUUUCUCUGUUCCUGCUGGUGGUUCUAUAUCACUACGUGGCCGUCAACAACCCCAAGAAACUGGAGUAGAAAGAACUGGCCUGGAGAGGUGGCGGCUGAAGGGGGGACCAGAGAGAGCAGCGGUGAGACGACGCCUCUUCUCACCUUCGUCGUCUGUCUCUCCUUCCCCGUCUGUCUCUCCCAGCCUGUACAGGAGUGUUUUCUAAUAAAAUGUCUGUCAACAAAA